AUGCCAAGGCAAGAAAAUGAUGGAAAUGAAACAGAAAAUGUCACUGACCCAGUCAUACCACCACCGCCAAAACGAAAUAAAAAGAAAAAAAAAGAAGAUGAUAUAGGAGUUGAAUUGAUUAACGUCUUAAAUAAGAAUGUCGAGUUCAGAAAGGCCGAAGAAGAUGAAGAUAGACUGUUCUUUUUGUCGUUGACACCAUCAUUUGCUAGAAAUAAUAACCCACCACCACCACCACCGCCCUCAGUUCCACCUACACAUCGUGGAACAUGGAAUGAAGGAGAAUCUGUAACUUCUCCUGAAUCAACAUAUUCACAGAAUACACAUAUGUCUCAAGAAUCUGAUUAUUUAGAUCUUUUUAAUGAUAAUAAUUCUCAGUAA